AUGUAUAACGUUGCCAACUAUUACGACAGUGUGUCGUUGAAGUUGUCGGAUGUACUUGGGGACAUAGGGCUCAAUGAGAGAUUGGUCCUUAAAAGACGGAAAGAAAUGCUUCUGGCGGAAACAAUUCGGACAGUUCCGGAAAGCGUUUUUUCUGAUCAUACAUUGUAUAUGUUUGGAAGUCUCUCCGAGGGUACAACUACCUUGGGACUUCUUUCUGAUACAGAUAUCUUACUGUGUAAUCAUAUGAUCAAUUUGAUGCAAGAAUAUUCCGAAUGGAAACAAGGUUAUUUAAACUUACUAAUGAUUAAAGAUGUUAAUUCAUCACCUGGCUACUGUCUUCUUCAAGUGAUAAGACCAGAUCAACCUCUUCCUUCAAAAGAUGUUACAACUAAAAAUUAUGUUAAAGUCGACAAAGAAAUAGUGUUGUUUAAGAAUUUACUUGGAACAGAUGGUAUAGAUGGCAGAGUAAUGCAUGGUCCAGCAUGGACAACACAGAGACCUGGCUUAAGGGAUUAUGACACUGUUAUGUCCUUUAAAUGCAAUUCAUGGCCAAAAGAAGCUAGGCAGUGGUUGCAGGAAGAUGAUAACAUGCACUGGCCCUCACGAGAAAUUAAGAAAUUUGCACAGAAUAGUGGAUGUUUUGUUGUAUCUACUGCGAGUAGAAUCAGUCAAUAUAAAGACCUUGAAUGGAGAAUUUCAACAUCUCUAGCAGAAAGAUCUCUAAUGUUUAGUUUAAAUAUUACUCAAAUAAGAUGUUAUGUCUUGGUGAAAAUGGUUUUAAAAACAUACUUGAACACUCAAGGUGAAAGUAAUCUAUCAAGCUUCAUGUGUAAAGCAGUUCUCAUGAAUUGUGUUAAGAAAACACAUCCAGGCUUUUGGGUUGAAUCCAACAUUUUAACAUGUUUCACGUACUACUUACAAAGAAUUUUGUUUAGUAUACUUCAUGACCAUUGUCCUCAUUUUAUCAUACCAGAAAACAAUCUGAUGGCCGGACAAUUUCCAGCUCAAAUUAAACAUAUCUUGCUAAAAAAAAUUGAGAUUCAUAUUGCAAGAUAUUAGACAGGCAUUGUUUGGGAUCGAACUUGAUGACCUUGGUAAAAGACUGCAGGUAAAGUUGAACAUGACACCACAAAAUGUGUACACUAUUAAAUCAGCUAGUGUUAUCUCUUGUACUAUUUCUGCGGGAACAAUAGACACUGUAACUAAUGUUUUACAUACUUGUUUUGAGCAAUUCGCAGAGAUGCUUCCAGAUAUUGCACCAGAAGCAGUACAGCUCGAAAUUGUUCGAUUUCUACAAAUUUACAGACGUUUGUACAGGAAUGGUGGAAUGUUUGAACAAACAGCUAUCAGUCUGUUAGCACCAUUUAUGUGCUCUGCACUUGGUUCAGUUAUAGCGGCUUCAUGUAUUCAGAAAAGCAACUGUUUAUCGCGCGAAGCAACAGACUGGUUAAAUUUAGGAUUGAACUCAGAUGUGUCGUCUGGAAGACUGAAAUUAGCAUCAGUGUUGUAUUGUAUAGGAGAUACAGUCAGGGCAGAACAUCUUCUGAAAGAGAUGGAACGGUAUCAAUGGGAAGCUAUUGAGCCAAUAUGCAGUUGUUAUGUUUAUAAAAAAAAAGGUUUUGGAGAAAAAUGUACUUCGAAGCUUGCGACUGUAAAGAGAUCUCGCAAGCUAUUAGACAGAACACAUCAUUUUGUGUAAGAUUUAUGCGUUCUGAAAUGAACAGCAUUCCUCAUGAAUUACAGUACGAAAUGUUUCGUUCAACUGUUGAGGACUUAUUGUACCGCAACCAAUCGAUGGAUGUGUGGAUGGACUGGGCAGUAGUUGAUUCCCUCCCGUACCUGUACUUUCUUCAAUAUAAAGUAUAUGAUAGACUUCACAUUUGUAACGACAAAGUCAGAGCGCUCCGGAAACUUGUUACUACGAUUAAAACGCCAAUGAAAAACCUUUGCCUUUGCCACAGGGAAACUGCCCUUAAUCUGUUAGGACAAUGUAUGGAAAAGGAAAAUGCUUUGGCAUAUGCUCUGUUUUGUUACAAAUGUUCCCUUAAGUUGAGAAGAAGAAAUAAUGUAGCUAAGAUACAUAUUUGUAGGUUGCUAUCGAACCUUGUGAAUCAACAUGGUAUAUAAAACCAUUCAGGCCCCUAGGUCAGCUCGGCGCAUGUGGCGAUAUUUAUCAAGAUGGUUAUGAUAAUAUUGUCUCCUUAUACCAGAUUUUUCUCUGUUUACAUAAAUGUUAACACGAACGUGACCCCUAGGGUUAUUUGUUCUUGGAAAAUCAUUUGAACAGAAAUGAGGGGCGAAUCAUUGAUGAUUUAUGAUAGCAAAAUCUGACUAAAAUUAUUAAUAUAAACAAGACAAUGUCAAUGAUUUCUCUAUAAUAUACGUAUACAUAUAGGAAAGUAACUGAGCAUAAGUUUUAGUAAUCAAAAUUAUUUGAACAAUCUUGGUAUAUGUAUAUGGUAAAAAAAAAUCUAUGAAAAAAAUCGAAAA